AUGUGCAACCCAUUCAACAAUGUCACCAUCAGCAGAAGCAACCGCAGCCGGGUCGGCGGAGGCCACUAUUACGACCCCGCCAAAGCAGACGCAGCGAUUGAAGCCAUAGCAGCUGGCUUUGCCACACCAUCUGCGCUCUUGAAGCACGAGCUGGCCUAUUGCUUGGGCCAGACAAAGAAGGACGCAGCCCUCAAGCCAUUGCGAGAUGUGCUCUCAGAUCUAAAUGAGGAUCCAAUGUGUAGACACGAGGCUGCUGAAGCGCUCGGUGCGCUAGGCCACUCCGAGAGUCUGGAAUUACUCAAGCACUUCCGCGAUCGAGAGGGAGAGGCAGACGUUAUCACAGAGACCUGCGAGAUUGCGAUUGAUCGCAUCGAAUGGCAGAACUCAAAGGAGAGAGAAGCAGAGAAGCUGCGCCAAAGCGACUUUGCCUCUAUCGACCCAGCGCCCCCCAUGCCCGAGGCUGGGAACACGAUCGAAGACCUCGAGAAGACAUUGAUGGACACCAAGCAACCACUUUUUAUGCGCUACCGGGCUAUGUUCGCUCUGCGCGACCUCGCUUCGCCUCCCGACCUGCCCACCGCGGAACAAGCCGUCUUGGCUUUGGCCAAAGGUUUCUCAGACAGUUCUGCCCUCUUCCGCCAUGAGAUCGCAUUCGUCUUCGGCCAGCUGUCCCAUCCAGCAUCGAUCCCUGCGCUGACCGCGGCCCUCAGCGACGUGAACGAAGCGAGUAUGGUGAGGCAUGAGGCUGCUGAAGCUCUGGGUAGUCUUGGCGAAGAGGAAGGUGUCGAGCAGACCUUGAAGAAGUUCCUCCAUGAUAAGGAGCGCGUAGUGGUCGAGAGUGUCAUCGUCGCGUUGGACAUGGCCGAGUACGAGAAAGGGACAGACGCAGAAUAUGCCCUGAUACCGGAGACUGGCGCGGCUGCUGCAUAA